AUGUUGGAGGUGGAUGAAGCAGAUGAUAAAGUACAGCUGACAACCUUCAAAGCUGGAUUGAAAUCCAAGGAGUUUGUGGUUUCCCUGGUGAAAAAUCCUCUUAAAACGAUGGCAGAAAUGCUCUUGGAGGUGCAAAAGUAUAUGAAUGCUAAUGACGCAUUGGCAGCAAUAGAAAGGGUAGAGAAGCCCAAGGAGAAGAAGAAAGAGAAGGAAGAUGACCGAAGAGGGCGAAAAAGGGAUUGGGCAGAUCGCCAGAAUGUUGAAGGGAACAGACGAAGAGAUGACAAAAACCUUCGUGCAAUAAAGUUCACUCCCUUAGUUAUGCCUGUUGACCAGAUUUUGGUGCAGAUUAAAGACGAACACUACCUCAAAUGGCCUAAGCCAUUACACUUUUCACCUAAUGUGCGUGACAAGAGAAAAUACUGCCAUUUCCACAAAGAUCACGGGCAUUACAUGAAAGACUGCAAGGAUCUAAAGGAGAAGAUAGAAGAGCUUAUACGAAAAGGGAAGUUGCAGAAGUUUAUGAAGAAGGGAGAUUCCAGCAGAUCCAGGAAUGAUAACAAGGGCCAACACGAAGCUCCUCAGAGGGACGAAGAUCACAUGCCCCUUUGUCCACAAAGCGCCAUAGGGGAAAUAAAGACCAUCAUAGGAGGACCAUCAACAGGGGGGUCAUUCAAGUCCCUCAGGAAGUCAUACCAGAGGCAAGUAAACAGCAUUCAUAGCAUGCCACCUUUAAAGCAAAGGUGGACAGACCAAGAUAUGAUAUUCUCAGAAGAGGAUGCUGGGGGGUGA